UACUUUUUCCGAUAUUUUUCCACCAACUAUUCUCGCCCAAAAAACUUUUACUGCUGGAUUUCAAGGGCAUCUCAAGCAGACAAGAUUCUCGUUUUUCAAAUGCAAUUCGAGCUCAACCCAUCGUCUGUGUUCGGUUGAAUCUGUCUUAUACAAGGUAGGGUUUUUUUCCUUCCCUUAAAUUUCUUUUUACUUGUACUAAUCAAACUGAUUUUGGUUGACCUCGUCAUUUCCUGUUUUCUGUGACCUAUGAAAUUCGCUAAUUGGGUAUCAUCAUCUUGGUCUCUUGAUUUAUCACCGCGGAUUAGGAAAAUUUUAAUUUCUUGGUAGCCUUGUUUGAAUCUGCUGAGGGAGUAGGAUUUGGUGUUUUCUAACAAAUUUUUGUUUAAUUUCAGUAUACAUAUUUUGUAUUUGUGAAACCAUUGCUCUUAUAAAGUGACUGAACUGUAUUUUUUUGAAAUCCCAUUUCUUUUUUUCCGUGAUAACCCUUGCUUACUGAAUUGUGUACGGUUAAAAUGGUUUAAAUGAAAUUUUCUUUUGAGAAAUAAGAGAUGAUUUGUAGCCAUGCAAGCACCAGUUUUCCUCCAUAAGUCAAUCCUUGUACUGAAUUCUUAAAUUUGCCUUGGUUCUGUUUGUUAAAAUGAUUCAAUGAAUUUCGAAUUUAAACUCCACAGGUAGCCGAGAAUUUGAAACUCAUUUACUGGAUUUGUUGUGUAUUUUUAACCUCCUCCCCCCAGCAACUUCAACAUUACAAACCAUUGAUUUGCCUUGUAUCACUAGCUUGAGUUUUUAAUCCAUGUUGUUCUACUCGACUUUAAAGAAAUGUCCGACCUUAUAAAAUAGACCCAUUUAUUUACCAUUUUGGUUCUCUUUAUUAUGCCCCAUACUUAAUUUGGUUUCUUGCUUUAAACCUUGAUAUUGAAUUUUUGUUAGUGGAAAUGUUUCGAAAUCAAAAAGUCACUUUCAAUAUUAGUCUCCUUCUUUGUUACCCACUAUGGACACUACUGACUAAAUCUUAUUUUUAGGAUUUUGUUGUAUUAGAAAUGAAAGGAACUUUAAUUGGCUGGGUAUUUGGUUUUUAAAUUUGAUGAACAACAAGUUAGUUCCACCUUUGUACUGGAUUUUCUCUUUAAUUUGCUUACACCAGCUUGAGUAUUUUUCCCAUGCCAUUUUACUGAUAACUCUCCCUCUCUCGGCAAUUAGGACUUGCUCCAAAAUUUCACAGAUCUAUGUUUUACUUCCAAAUUAAAAUAUGUUGUUGUAUUUAUGAAGUCCUUGCAUUGAAUACUGUUUGGUAUCUCGAAUUACCUAUAGUUUCCACUAAUUUAUAUUCUUCUCAAUGUACAUGGAUUAUCGUACUUUCUGGCAAGUGAUUUUGGCUCUUAUGUUGGGUUCUUGUGAUUUUGGCUCUUAUGUUGGGUUCUUGUGAUUUCGGUAAGAACUUAUUUAUUAAUUUUGUAAAUGCUGCCAAUGGUUGUAUUAAAGUAAGUUUUCAGUUAUCGAUAUUUACGAGGUUCUUCUGAACUUGGUUUUGAUAUUUCCUUUGCGGGAAUUCGAUUUGGAAACUAGUGGACUCUACUUUAGGAACUUCGGGCCUAAGUGGCACCCCACCACCUUGGUGGCAACCCGGAAGAUCUUUGCGGCAACGAUGGCUGGUAACCAGAACUACCCUGACGGUGGCACUGGCCAUGAGAAUAGAAGAGUAACUUUAUUUGCGGCUCUAAAUAUUUUUAUAUGUAUUUUGCUUAAGAUUUACAUUUCUGCAUUCUUAUCUAGCUGUUGUUCUUGUCUAUUUAUUCAUGUUUAACAUUGACACUACGUUUUUGUUGUUAUACCCUCUACUGGGCAUUCGCUCACCCCGUUUUGUUUUUGUUUUUCCCCCCACAGAGUACGGAUAGAAGUUGCGGUAGUAAGACGGGCAGAGCUUACGACAGCCUUUAUCGCUUGGAAAGUUAGUAUUUUCUAAGCUUAUGAUAUUGUAUAUCACGGGGGGUAUCUGGGUAGUUUCAGUUCGCUUGAUUUGAUCACAUGUCAUUUCUGUUGCACUUUGAUGUUAUAUAUAUGUUGGCUUCUACCGGAUCUUUAUAUGUUUUAAACUGAAAACUUGUCAGUUUCGUGUAUAAUGGGUCUGGUCUCUGGCUAUACAAACUAGUUUCUGAAUUCAUUUUGUUGCCUAGAUGUUCUUGGCUUUUGGCUUUACCGACUACAUUUUCUACCAUUGUUCCUUUUGGCAUUUGUUUAAUCUAAGAUAGGAUCUGUACAGUGAAUUUCUAAGUGUAAUUAAUAGCAACUUAUAUUCAUUUUCCUAUGAAAUAAUUAUUUGCUAUGUACAUGUACCCAUAUAUAGCUUGUAUAAAUCCAUUCAACUACUCUUGUGAAUCCAAACAUGUAUUUUUUCUCAUGCCUUGCAAUGAAUACAUCAUGUUCAUAUUAGACACCCUUUGAACUGUUUUAGGCGUAAACGUAUAUACAUGCGUCUGGAUUGAGUGGGUGUUUUAUGUUUACACCAUGGGAAUGCUCCUUCACUGUUCUUUAAUCUUUAAUAUUUUUUUUUCAUGGCAUUAUAUACUACUUUGAUUUGUUAAAAUAAAACUCUAGCUCACAUAAGUAAAUGGGAUGGUGACGUUUUUGAUUUUUUGUGAGUACUUGAACUGUUAACUUACAUUUCCGUGAGUAUAAAACAUGAUGAUUUUAUUGCAUUUAAAUUUUUUCUACUACAAAAUAAUAAUAAAAUGGGUUAUGUUCUGUUUUCGUACAUAUUUUUAUAUUAUAAAUUGCGAGUCUCGAUUCUCUUUGUUGCUAGAUUUCAGAAGUAGAUGUAUGUUUCUUUUUUUUUUUUUUUUUUUCCGAGUGAUGUUAUGGAAAGUUUGUGCUUGCCAGUCGAGUCGGAUCCCGAUUCGACGGGAGUCAAAAUCUUCUGUCCAAGUAUUUAUUUGAUUCUUAUCCUGCAUCUGGAGCCUUUAUACACGGCAAGUAGAGACUCCUUUUCUUCCCGGGAUCUUGCUGAUUUGUGGCAUAAAAAGAAGAUGCUGGAGCCUUUCUGCCAUCGCAGAAUUGGUUUUCUUCUUCGUUCCAGGAAAGAGCUUUGAAGUCGACAAACCCAAGGCUAAUGCGUUCGAGGAGGUGAUGGCCAAAAUAGAUUCUCCGUUUCGCGAAGCGGGUCGUACCAUACAGAGAUGUCUCUUCUGCACUUACACAUCGUUCGAUAGCGUAAUCAGGCCUUUUUGGCUUCAGUCAGCAUGGAGGAGAAAUGGAGGCAUGACGAAGCUCAGCCGACGAGUGCAAGAACUGAAAGGUUUGCAGCUCGGCUAAAGAGGCGAAGGAUCGAGCAUAAGCGAUCUCCCAGCGAAAACAAGCAUGAUUACCCUAUCCACAAUAGCAUCAUCAUUCUCGACUCUGAUGUGGACGAAACUGAACACCCAGAGGUUGUUGGAGCAGUUUCCGAGAAAGAUCCUGAAGUGUCUUCUGGAGAGAAUGGUAAAACAAUUUCCGAAAGGGAUGUUGAUGCAGCUCCUGAAAAAGAAGUUGCGACUGCUCCUGGGGAGGAUGUGGUGGCGGCUUGCAAAGAAGAUGCUGAAGCAGCGUUCAAAAGAGAGGUCGAAGCGGCUUCCGGAGAGGACGUAGUAGCACCUUGUGACGAAGGUGCUGAAGCAGCUUCCAGUGGCGGUUCUGAUGAAGGAACUGUUGAUCUUGCUAGUAACUAAAUUUCCCUUUUGUUACUUUUAUUUGUAGAUGAGCACUUUUCCAUAGUUUGUAGACAUUUUCUUCUUAUACUCAGUAGCUUUGUGGCUGAGCCUAAAUGAUGGUUCUUUUAUCCA